AAAUCCAGUGUGGAACCGUGUUGUGAGCGUUUAAUUGAUUGCUUCUGUGCUCUCUUUCAAUCUUUCCCUUCCAAAGUCGCUCAGCUUGAAAAGGGGCCAUCUCAUUCUUAGCUGCGAAGAAAAUGGUUCUCACAAAUUUCAGUGGUACCGGUGUAGGAUUUGGUUUUGGUGUCGGUUGUGGUUUCGGCGUAGGGUGGGGCUUCGGAGGCAUGCCGAUAAACAUUUUGGGUCUAGGUGCAGGCGGUGGCUGUGGGAUUGGUCUAGGCCUUGGAUGGGGCUUUGGCACUGGCUUUGGUAGUCAAUAUAGGUCAUCUAGGGUCACAUUCCAUGGCAUAGAAUUUGGAAGAAAGGAAGAAAGUGAUGGCGGUGAGUCUAAAGCUCUGUUGAAGAGCUCAUGGGAAGGUCGUGCAUCACAGUAUCUCAAAUCUUCGUUGUUACAUAUGUCUUUGGCCUCUCAUCUCUUACUCUUCAUGCAAUCUGUUGGAGAAUUUCAUGCAUACUUCUCUUCAGAAUCCAACGAGAUAAACAUGGCUGACCAGCGAGUUUUUACUCUCUCACAGGUCGCCCAACACAAAUCCAAGAAGGAUUGCUGGCUUGUUAUUGAUGGCAGGGUACUUGACGUGACCAAGUUCUUGGAGGAGCACCCAGGGGGAGAAGAGGUGCUGAUAGAGUCAGCGGGAAAGGAUGCAAGUAAGGAGUUCAAGGACAUUGGACACAGCAAUGCAGCCCAGAACUUACUCCUCAAGUACCAGGUGGGUGUUCUUCCAGGUUUCACUUUCAAAGAGGGGAAGAUCGUGGAUUCUUCUAUCAGGGAACCCAAGAAAAAGGAAAUGAGUGCUUUUGUGAUCAAGGACGAUGGCCUGCCCAAGUACGCAGCUUUUCUCGAGUUCUUUGUGCCCCUUUUGGUCGCUGGUUCCUACUUCAGUUACAGAUACCUUACCAGGCUUGUCAAUUAAAUCCACAGGAUCGACGGUGGAUUAUAUAAAUCCCUCGUUUUAUUAAUUAGAUCCACUUCAUCAGUUGUGGAUCAUUUAUUCCUCUUUGUUUCAUCUGCAGCCGUUUACUUAUCAGUUAUGUAUUCCAAUUACUUGAACAAAGUGAUGUAAUUUUCGUUGGCUCAUUUCAAAUGUGUCAACUGUCAAUGGGCAAUUUACCUUUUUUAAGUUUAAAAAAAAAAAAAUUCUCAAACUCUGUCCGGAAAAAUUAUUUUUCC